CUGAAAAUCGAAAAAUCUUAAAUGACGAAGAGGUUGAGAAGUGUCUUAUAAACCUUUUGGAAAUUGAUAAUGAUGGAGUUAAAAUUGCUGCUUCCCAAGCAAUUUCUGCCAUGUGUGAGAAUUUAGCUAGCAAACGUGCAUUUGGACUGCAGGGGAUUCCCCAGCUUGUACAGUUGCUAAGCAGUGACAGUGAAGAGGUAAAAGAAGCUGCAGUGACAGUAUUAGCUAAUUUGACAGCAGCCAGUCCUAGUAAUGCAAGUGCUGUUGCUGAGGCUGAAGGAAUUGAGCCAUUAGUAAAUGCCUUAAAUGCUCAGAGGGAUGGAGCCAUUGCUAAUGCUGCCACAGUGCUAACAAACCUGGCCGUGCAAGAGCCAUUCCGCGUAAAUAUCCAGAGUCACGGUAUUAUGAGCGCACUUGCAGAACUGUUACACUCAACCAACAGCCAAGUGCAAAGCAAAGCAGCAUUUGCUGUAGCUGUGUUUGGUUGUGAUGCUGAUGCAAGAACUGAGUUACGAAAUGCAGGUGGACUUGGACCACUUGUUGAAUUGCUGCAUUCUAAGAAUGAAGAAGUCGGAAGAAAUGCCUGUUGGGCUGUUAUGGUCUGUGCAAGUGAUGAACUAACAGCUGUUGAACUAUGCAGGCUAGGUGCUUUAGACAUCCUAGAAGAAAUUAAUCUAUCAACAGGGCGCAAAAAUAACUUCAGUGAAGCUGCUCUGGAAAAGCUACUUGAUAACAAUCUUUCCCAGAAGUACAGCCAGACGGGUUAUUUAUCACCAAGUAAUAUCAUUACUGACGGAUUCUAUGAUUGUGGUCGGAUAAAACCUGGAGUGAAAUUUCUAUCUUUGGAGGAACUGAGUAUGCAAGAGCUUACUGACCGUCGAGCCAUAAUCUUCAUUAAUGCUAAACCACAAGAAGAUGUCCUUGCAGUAGAGGAAAAGGCACAAGAUUCAGCUUAUGAACAGACUCUCUUGUCACCUUCUACUUCAAGAAAAGGCAGUAAAGGAAGUUCCAUGGUAUCUCCGGUGGAGGAAAAGCAGGAGAUAUCUGGACGACGGUCUUCCCUGCGCAGAGGCAGCACUAGAGAAAAAUGCUUAAGAAAAGGGAAGGGGAAAAAAGAAGAGGAAAAGAUGAAAGAAGUUACUCAGAUUAUAUCUGAAGUCCAGGAUGAAAUAAAUCUAGAAAAUUCACAUUGGCUACCACCACCUGACUUCAUUUUACUGGAAUACCUUAAUGAUGCUACCAAAACAAUUCUACCACUAACUACUACCCGGACACAGGUUGUGGCUCUUGCACAGUAUGUUGCAGACAAGAUGGGUGGCCCAAUUGAAAGAGACAAACUACAUGACUUCAGCUGGGAACUUCACAUAAGUGAAAUAGAAUUUGAGCUGAAAUGCAAUAUUGUCCCUAUCGGGAAAGUCAAAAAAGGAACGUUCUACCACAGGGCUUUACUUUUCAAGGUGAUAGCAGACAGAAUUGGCAUUGGCUGUAGUUUAGUUCGUGGCGAGUAUAACAGAGCUUGGAAUGAAGUUAAAUUGGUUGAUGACUCUCCUCAAGGAAUAGCUGGGCUUCUGCUUCCUCCUCAAGAAUAUAUUGUAGAUCUAAUGUUUGAGCCAGGCUUUUUGAUAAAACAGGGAAGUGCAGAGGCAGAUCAGUAUAAACAUAUUUAA